AUGACUGUCCCUUUUCGCGCGUGUUCUCGCUGCUGCUUCGCAUCGGUAGCGACGGGCAGCGGUGCCCGCCUCGGAACAACCACCUCGCGAAGCUUCUCUUCGUCUCGGACGAGACUGAGCUCACCGCCAGCGGAUCCAAAGGCUAUAACUGAAGCGUUUCUGUCCAAAUUCUCCAAGGGACAGACGUUCGUGCGCCGUCAGCUGCUGGAUGCGAAUCAGAUCCGCCUCUUCUCUCUCACUCUGGACCGACCUCAUCUGUGGCCGACUAGCUCUACCAAGACGCUCGAGGAGGCGGAGCCUGUCGAGGGCACUCCGAUUCCCCCAGCUUAUCACAUAUGCUACUUUACGCCAGCUCAACUACCGGGGAUAUUGGGGCUCGACGGCACGGACGCGAGUUUCAACCCCAACGCUCCCUUCACGAGACGCAUGUGGGCUGGCGGAUCAUGUCACUGGCCCGGUGCUGAUCCCAGCUCAAAGAACCAGGCGCUCUUGGUGGUGGGCGAUACCGUCACCGAGGUUACCAAGGUCUUGAGCUGCGAGCCCAAGGUCAUUGGCAAGACGGGCGAGAGUAUGUUGCUCGUGGGCGUGGAGAAGGAAUUCCGCAAUGGGAAAGAUGAGCUGUGCGUCCUGGACCGGAGGAAUUGGGUUUUCCGGGUAGCCCUCGACCCUUCCAAACCUGCUCCACUGGUUCCCAAGCCCAAGGAAUUGUCACAGGGGGAGCUUGACAAGAGCGUCGAGGGCAAACUCUGGCGGGAAUAUAGUCGCGAUGAAGCAACGCUGUUCCGGUUCUCGGCGUUGACGUUCAACGCGCACAGAAUUCACUACGACAAGCCUUGGGCAACGGAUGUGGAGGGUCACAGGAACGUGGUCGUCCACGGUCCGAUGAAUCUACUCGCCAUGUUGGACCUUUGGCGAGAUGAGGCCAGUGUUGUCCGAGGGGAGGGUGUACAUUAUCCCCAGACGAUCGAGUACCGGGCUACGAGCCCUGUAUACGGCAGGGAGCCUUACCGGGUGAUGAUGAACCAGGAGGCGGUGGGAAAGAAGGAGGCAGAGACGAGGGUGAUGAGUAACGAUGGGACGGUGUGCAUGAAGGGGACUGUGAGGGAUUGGCCUUCGAGCAACUAA